CCUCAGUCCAUGAUUGACUGAUCUGCAGCUAAGAACACACAUUUCUCCCCGAUCGUACACAAGAUUCGCGAUCGCGUCUACGAACGAGUACGCGGAAGAUUCAACAACGAUCGCACAUAAAGGGCACGAAACGUACCAUCAGCCAAGCCAAGAGAUUCCAGAGAGCAAGAGCGCAAAUCCUCUUCGCCCGCCGUAAUUCUUUUCUCCCUCGCGUGUUCCCACCCAUGUGCCGUCGUGCGUCCGUCCGUCGCUAAUUUCGCGAACCUGAGCGGGAACCUUGCGCGCGCGCCCUCCAGGUCGAACCCACUGCACCACACACUCGCUCUCAAACUUGAGCCGGGACGGGACGACUAGUUGACUCAUUCGCAGCGAACCUUGCGCCGGUUGUGUCUUGCAGCAAGCGAGAAGCCGAACUCCCCGCGCGUGAGAUCGUUGGUAGAUCUACCUGACAGAAAUUGCCAGCCAACCAGCCAGUCAGCCAGCGACGCGAGGUGGAGAGAUCAUUUAAAGGCAGCUGCAAUCAGUGUCCGAUCAAUCAUUGAGCCGUGAACGUGACAUUGGACGGAUCUUGCGAUAUUCUCCCGCAGCCAUCGACCCGCGAAGAAACUCACUCACCAGAGAUAAUAGCAGCGACCUCUAGCAGAAGCAGCAGCAGCAGCAACAGCAGGAAGUGAAUUUUUUGUUCAAGUGUGUGCCAGAAGAAAUUUCGAAAGCUUUCGAUCAUCACUUUUCACGCCACAGUCAACAGAAAAGCCCACAAGGAAAAAAUGAAGUGCCUAAUCUUCGCAGUUUUGGUGGUCGUUGCUUUGAUGGUUGAGAAUAGCGAUUCCAAGCCCGUUUCCAAGUAUCAGGAUCUUCCCAAGAAAGCAGGAUACGUCCCUGUCUACAUUCGCGUUGGCAAUACCCCGUUGGAGCAGAUCAACCGUGACCUGGCGAGAGCGUUCCAGGAGGCCAACGCUCGCAGCAUCCGCGGAACCAUGAUUCAGGAGUUGAACCACAACGCACGUUUCUCGUCCGAAUCCAGCAGCGCUUCCAGUGAAGAAGCGAACAACAUCAUCCCCAAGAUUCGCAGCUUCGCCAACAAGAGCAUCAGCUCCGAGUCCAACUCGGACGAAUCGAACUCCUCGGAGCAACUGCACGACUUUGCUCCGGCCAAGCCGGUCGCCGUCUCCAAUAAUGUAGUCUAGCUAGCCAACCGGUGUUGGAGCCAAGUAGAUCGGAGCAGAAUCCUCACACUGCCAUCCAAAUGUGACUGAGGUGAUACUAUACAAUACUGUACUGCCGGAGAGCGAAAUGUGAUUACAUUCAUUAAUAUUAUUAUUAUUAUUUUAAACGCGCCACGAGCAUCUUCAUCAACUGCGUUCUAAGGUCAUUAUCAACAUUUUGAAGUAAAACAUAAUAGAGCAUGCAAUGAUAAGACAACUUUCGCGAGAAUAAAUGUAGACAAUAAUAGGGAA